CAUUUUGUUAACUGACCAAAUGGAUUGGAUUCUUAGGGUGCAUAUAUCUUGAGUAUAGGUCGCGUAUUGUUCCGUGUGGACCACGACAGCUCACAUUGUUGGCCAUCCAUUUCGUUCCAUCGCCAGCGUGUUCCAAAACAAUUGGUGAUAGCAAAAAUGGUAACCUGCAGUUUAAAAGGAGGUGCUGGAGAGAGACGAUCAAACAGUGGUGCCUCUAGCAGUUCAGGGGUUCUCGACGCAAGCCAUUGCCUCAACGGCCAGGCUGAGGCUAUGUGCAGGUUGGAUGAUGGGAAAAAAUGUAAUGGGGCUAACUCAAACCCUCUCGAUGAAUCAGUUCCUAUGGAAUUGUGUCCUACUAUUUAUCCUGUUUGUAACCUAAAACUCAAUCAUCACGACCAUCCAGAAACAGUGAGUGUAACGCUGUACAUAAAAAGCAUCACCAAAGAAUUCCUGAAAGUAGAAUUCGAGGAAAAAAGCGUCUCCGUUACCUUCCGCACAACCGAUCCUGGAUUCUUGAAGCACUAUCCUUCAUUUGUGGCAGAUGAAGACUUUAUGCAAUGGAAAAUCGAAACCAGAGGAACAAUCGUGCCUGAAAAAUGCAGUUACCGCCUUAAACCUACCAAUCUAGAACUAAAAUUGAUCAAAGCAGUUUCCAGUAAAUGGGAAUCUCUCGAAGCUUCUGUUGAUUCAUCACCGUCUACUCGAACAGUACAAAAAGAGACUUGGAUAUCAUUGGCUCCGUCAACAACAUCAAAGCGCUCUUCUUCGCCUAGUAAAAAUUCUGAUGAAGACGAAGAAACAAACCCUUUUUCGCCUUCGUCACCUUGUGCUUCAAAUCCAGUGGUAUUGACCAAGGCAGGGUAUACCGGUCUUGGAAAUCUGGGAAAUACUUGCUAUAUGAACGCAGUGUUGCAAGCCUUGGCCAACACGACACCGCUCAAAAACUAUUUUCUUGACAAAAAAUUUCAGGCCGACAUCAAUAGAGAUAAUCCACUAGGGUUCGGUGGCUCACUGGCCAUAGCCUUUGCUAUUAUUCUCCGCCAGCUAUGGAGCGGUCAGCGUGAUUCUAUUGAACCAUCGCAUCUGAAAGCUUUACUUGCCAAUCGUGCCUCACAAUUUUCCGGAUAUGCGCAGCACGAUGCCCAAGAAUUUAUGGCUUUUCUACUGGAUGGUCUACAUGAAGACCUUAAUCGCGUCAAAACUAAACCUUUGACCACUCCUGUGGAAUCGAAUGGACGGCCAGAUCACGUCGUUGCCGAUGAAGCGUGGAAAGUAUACAAGAUGCGCAACGAUUCAGUCAUCGACGAUUUGUUUCAAGGCCAGUUCAAGUCGACGCUCGUUUGUCCAGCUUGCCAAAAUAUUUCCGUCACGUUUGAUCCGUUCCUCUACUUGGCCUUGCCGCUACCUCCCUCAAAAUCGUGUUUUACUGUGACCAUCUACUUUAUUGGUGAUGAUGAUUUGCCGGAGACUGAAACAACUGGCAAAGCUGUCAAAGUAUCGCUGUGGUUAGAUCCGAAUCAGCGCGUCGAACAACUGAAAGAGGAAUUGAAACGAGCCUGUGAGGGUCGAUUCCGCUAUUCCAACUCUGAAAUUGAAGUGGUGCAAGCUCGCGACGGUCUCAUACGACGUUGGCUAGUUAACGCUGCCCCACUCAGUUCGUUACAGAACGCCACUUAUUCAGAGACUUUGCUAUUGGCUUUCGAAACCAUGCCCAGCAUUGUCCCGCUUGUUCAUAUCGCUGUUAUUCAGCGAGUUAUGGUGCCCUUGGAUCAACACAGUCAUUGCUCUUGUUGCAAGAAAGAAAGCGAGUCUCUUAAGCGUUGCUUGAAAUGUUUUAGCGUUGCUUACUGUGACAAGAAUUGCCAGCGAUCGCAUUGGAACGCGGUGCACCGCACGACGUGCCGCUACAAACCGGAUAUCAUUGCACAACCGUUCGUCAUCAGUUUGCCGCCGUCUUUGCUUACGUACCAGAAACUCUACCGGACCAUGCUUUACUACUCCAGGUUCUCAGUUGAGGUGGGCUGUCCGUCUGCCAACAACAGCUGCAAUCAAGAUAUGGAUUCGUCUUCAUCGUCGAUGUCUUCGUUUUCUUCUACGUCUCCUUCGCGAUCAGAGAGCCAAGAAGGAAGCGACAUGGAUGGCCUACAGCAGUCGAAGGCAGACGACCAUCCCUUGUUUUUCAUUAAGCCGAUCGACUCGCAAGGUCAGGGCAUCGAGAAGAAAAAGAGACUAGAAGAUCUCGGGGACACGCCAUUGGAUUUCGACGCUGAUGAGUCGCCCGUUUUCUUAUCGCUCGACUGGCGUAACGACGAACGUUCGCUUAAUCGUUGCUGUGUCACCGUGAAAUCGCCGUCCGACUACGACGAUUUGAGUCGAGCCGAUCUGACGGCUGACGACUCCCCGGCCAACCAAAGGCGCCUUACUUUGCACCAUUGCCUUCAGCAAUUUAUGCAAUCCGAAGUUUUGAGCAAAGAAGAAGCGUGGUACUGUCCCAAGUGCAAAGAACACAGAGAAGCCACCAAACAAAUGUCCCUCUGGCGAUUGCCCGAGAUUCUAACCAUCCAGCUGAAGCGUUUCUCCUUCCGUAAUCUACUCUGGCGAGACAAGAUUGACCAAAAAGUCCACUUUCCUGUUGAACAGCUGGAUCUAUCGCCUUACUUGUCGAGCAUCUCAGAACACGGAGCCACCUACGAUCUCUAUGCCGUCGUCAAUCACUACGGCGGUAUCCUCUACGGUCAUUACACAUGCUUUGCUCGUUGUCCGCCACCGACGUCAGACAAUAGCCAAAAGGAUGUCGUCGGUUGGCGUUGCAUGGAUGAUCGUAAUGUUCGCGAUCUUAGCGAGGAUGGUAUAGUAACAUGUGCCGCUUACCUCUUGUUGUACCGACGACGGCACGGGCCGGCUGCUGCCAUUUCCUCUGGCCGGCUCAAUUAUAGCGAUCCCGAAGAGAUUGACUGAGAACAGAGACAGGUGGAGAUAAAAAAUUAUCGCUUGUGUUCUUCAGCUGUUGAUGCAGAAGAUGACACGUGCGAUACAAUCAGCGUGAGUGAAAUCUGAUUUCGGCCCAAAGUGGUGACCUACCUAUCAUGCUCUUAUCAACCUCUUUCCGUGGAUUCGUCCCGUCCCCCUCCCUCCUGCCUCUUUUCGUGUAGAAGAAGCUUGGUGGUUGCUACCAUCGUGAGAGCUACACAGAAGAGUUACCUCGGGCAUCUUUUUCACUAAUCGGCUUGCCUUUUUUUUUUACAACUUCUUAUAUAUAUAUCUCUCUCGUCUUUCUAUUUAUUUUCCCUAUUUUUUCACAAAUCUGUUCCCUCUUUUUUUAGUAAUCCUUUUAUUAUUAUGAUUUCUUUGUGCGGUUUAUUUUUCUGCGUGAUUCCUCCAACCGCGUGACAGUUUUUCAUCAAGAAACUGUCACAGAGAUAUUCAUUUUCUUUAGUCCUUAUUUGCGUCUAGCUUUCAAACACAUACCUUUCCAUGUAUUCUGGGUGGGUGGGUGGGGGUAGGAUUCAUGCGCUCAAAUCCGAAUAUCACACGUAUCAAUCUUUGUUCGAAACGGGUUGCAUUGUUCUCAUUGUCGACUCGUAUUCCAAUUUGAAUUGACCGCUUCAGGCUGAUGCAUUGAUCCCUCGAAUGAAUUCGUCAUCCCUUUUACGUCUCGUCGUCUGUGGAUGUUUGUAGUUUUUCUUUUUGUCACUUUACCCUUCACUGCACUUAAUUGAUAAUUGAUUCUUGUUUCAUUUUUUCUUUCUUUCUGUGUUUUCUUUUCACUUUAAAGAUUACCGUUUGUCUUGUGUAAUUCAUUGUUCUUCUGCUCCCCCAUAUUUCGGAAUAGCUGCGGUUGAAUGUGAUUUUGUUUUUUCGCGAUUUAUUCAUCAAACUCUAUUGGAAGAUUAUAUUCUUGCCAUUACUUCCCUUUUUUUUCCUAAAUGUAAACGUGUUUUUCUUUGUCACCAGUAUAUCAUGUGACAAUCUGUCA